AUGUCGGAACAACAGCCCUUGCAGGACGUCAGCAAAAUGGCCAUCCCCACCAUCCCCUCAUUGUCCCCCCAAGUGCCAAAACAAAACGGUUUGUGGUCGUCCAACCCCGUGUUCUCCUACUUGAACGAUGUCUACACUAACAUCGCCGAACACAGAAAAUCGUUGGGCUUGACCAACCCCGGCACCGUCGAGAACCUCAGCAAGGAGGUGACCCGUGACGUGUUUGCCAACCAGUACUUUUUCACUGGUUUGAGAGCCGACUUGAACAAGGCCUUCUCCUUGAACCCAGCUUUCCAGACCUCCCACACCUUGUCCAUUGGCUCCGAGAACUUGCCUCCUUACGCCUUCAGUGCCUUGUACGCCAAAGAGGACUUCUUUGUGCAGGGUAACGUCGACAACGACUUGUCCUUCAGUGGUAAGGUCAACUACGGCUGGGAUGAACACAACAUCUCCAAGGUCACUUUGCAGAUUGCCCACAACCAGCCGGUCAUGUGCCAGUUGGAGCAGGACUACCAGGCCAACGACUUCUCCAUCAACGUCAAGGCUUUGAACCCUACCUUGUUGAACGGUGGUUUCACCGGUGUUGCUGUGGCCUCGUUGUUGCAGUCCUUCACUUCCAAGUUCGCUGUUGGUAUUGAAUCCAUGUACUCUAGACAAGCUCUCUCCCUUCCUCCUGACUCUGCUGUCAACUACUUCGCUCGUUACAACGCCGGAAACUGGAUUGCCACCGCACAAUUGCAAGCCCAGGGUGCUUUGGUUGGUUCUUUCUGGAGAAAGGUCACCGACAGAGUCGAGGCCGGUUUGGAGACUCAAUUGGUUGCCUCCGUCAAGCCAAUCACAGACUCCAUGAUGGGCACUCCUAUUGGCUACGAGCCUGUUGUCGAGGGCCAAACCACCAUCGGUGCCAAAUACGAAUACCGUCAAUCCGUGUUCAGAGGUCAAUUGAACUCCGCCGGUAAGGUCGCUGUCUUCAUGGAGAAGAGAGUCUUGCCCACCGUGUCCAUCUUGUUCUCUGGUGAGAUCGACCACCUCAAAAACUCUUCCAAGUUGGGUGUUGGUUUGCAGUUCGAGUCUGCCGGUAACGAGCAAUUGAUGUUGAUGCAACAGGGUUUGGUUGAUGCCAACGGAAACCCAGUUCCUGGCGCUCCUCAAAUGUAA